UUUGACACACUAUACCCUCCCAUUUGUACUUAUAUAUGCACACACAUGCAUAAUGUAGAACCAUCACCAUGAGCACCUCCUACUCUACUGAAACCUCCCUAAACACCACUGGGAAACACCCGAACCUUCACGGAAUACGCAGCCGAAAUGGCAAGUGGGUGGCAGAAAUCCGUGAACCUCGUAAAACAUCGCGUAUAUGGCUUGGAACAUACCCAACCGCGGAAAUGGCUGCAGCUGCUUAUGAUGUAGCGGCUUUGGCACUCAAGGGUGGUGAUGCGACGCUGAACUUCCCAGACUUUGUGGGAUCAUACCGAGUGCCAGAGUCCCCAGAGCCUGCCUUGAUAAGGAGUGCGGCUGGGGAAGCGGCUGAGUUGAUGAAAUCGUUUAUGGAGCGAGAAGAUGAGCAACACACACAUGUCGCGAAUGAUGAGUUCAUUGAUGAAGAAGCAAUCUUUUAUAUGCCCAAUUUGUUGGUGGACAUGGCUGAGGGAAUGCUGGUGAGUCCGCCGCGACAGACGACUACCGAUGAUCGGUCGUUUGGGGACACUUCUGAUUGUGACAACUUGUGGAGCUAUCAUUAGUUUUUGGUAAACAAUAUCAUGUUAUUGGAAAAGACUUUGGAUCUUUAUUUCAUGGAUGAUAGGUUACAUCAUAUAAAUAAUUCAUAAAAA